UCCUCCGCCGUCCUCCGUGACCGAGGGAGCCCUGCCCGGUCGUGCCAAAUCUGAUCCCCUACUACGCUGCCCUCGAUGGGGCGCGUGAGUCCUCUCCACCACCCGGCGAGGAGGCUGCUGCCGCUGCUCUUCCCGCGGCCGACGAGGGGAUUCUCAUCCUCCUCGCGCGAGCCGCUCCACGUCUGCGUCGUCGGCAGCGGCCCCGCCGGGUUCUACACGGCAGACAAGAUGCUUAAGGGACAUGAAAGAGCACAAGUCGAUAUAAUUGAUAGGCUGCCAACACCUUUUGGCUUAGUCCGUUCUGGAGUGGCUCCAGAUCAUCCAGAAACAAAGAUUGUGGUAAAUCAAUUUUCUCGUGUAGCUGCAAAUGGCCGCUGUUCAUUCUAUGGGAAUGUAACACUUGGAAGGGAUUUAUCUCUAUCAGAGCUUCGGAAGAUAUACGAUGUUGUUGUUCUUGCUUAUGGUGCCGAAAGUGAUAGAUCACUUGGUAUUCCUGGGGAGGAUCUGAAGGGAAUACAUUCGGCUCGAGAGUUUGUGUGGUGGUAUAACGGACACCCAGACAUGUGCAACUUGGCACCUGACUUACAAAGUACAGAUUCUGCUGUUGUUCUAGGACAGGGAAAUGUUGCUCUUGAUGUUGCCCGUAUUCUUCUUCGCUGUACAUCUGAGUUGGCUGCUACCGAUAUUGCAGAUUAUGCUUUGGAUGCUCUCCGUGACAACACAAUAAGGAAGGUAUAUUUGGUUGGGCGAAGGGGCCCAGUACAGGCAGCGUGCACAGCAAAAGAACUACGAGAAAUUUUAGGUUUGAAAAAUGUCUGUGUUUUCAUCAAGGAGUCUGAUCUUAUAACCUCACCUGCAGAUGAGGAGGAGAUCAGGAAUAAUAGAAUUCAAAGAAGGGUGUAUGAGCUGCUAUCUAAAGCUGCAACCACGCAUAAAGGAAUCAAUAGUAAUAACCAAAAGGAGCUUCACUUUGUUUUUUUUAGGAGACCUACCAGAUUUCUCCCAUCAGAAGAUGGUUCCUCUGUUGGCGCUGUGCAACUUGAAAAGACUUGCUUAAAAGAUGACGGAAUGGCUGGAAAGCAGGUGGCCGUUGGAACUGGUGAGUUUGAAGAUCUAAAAUGUGGAUUGGUCUUGAAAAGCAUUGGAUACAAAUCCUUGCCAGUAGAAGGUUUGCCCUUCGACAAAUACAGAGGAGUUGUGCCAAAUUUGAAGGGCAGGGUUUUGAGUAGUGAAUCUGACAGUGCCACAGUGGAACCAGGGCUGUAUGUGGUGGGAUGGUUAAAGAGAGGGCCAACUGGCAUAGUUGCCACAAAUCUCCAUUGUGCCGAAGAAACAGUGGCUAGCAUACUUGAAGAUAACAAUAAGGGGUUGUUCAUGGGAUCUUCUGAUGCAAAAAGGCUAGGCAGGAGGGGACUCCUUGAGAUUCUAGAACAAAAGAGCAUCCGUUUUGUGCCCUUCGAUGGCUGGGAAAAAAUUGAUAAUAAGGAAAAGUUAGCAGGUGAGCUGAAGAACAAACCUAGAGAGAAGAUCACAUCCUGGAAUGAACUGAUGAUGGCUGCAAACUAGGGAUGAAGUGAGGGCAUUGCUCUUGCAAUUUUGUUCUCUUUCAUGUAUCAUAGAAUUACAUUAAUUUAAUAGGACUAGUGCUGCACUAUAGAGACACCAGGAAUAAAGUUCUCAAUUGACUUUGGCAUAGUAAACGGGAAAAAACUAGAAGGGAAAGCUGUAACAAGUAUAGUAUUGCAACAACCUGCAAAAAUGAUCGAUUUCUUCUCAUACGAA